AUGAUCAUGCUUCUCCCACCUCCCAAUCCGACCCUCGAGGGCCACAAACUCUUGAUUCUCUCGCAGUUCAAGCCCGAUGAUGAGUACCUCAACAAGCUGCACACCGAGUUCCCGGGCCUCAAGAUCAUCUUCCACGAGCUCGGAUUCCCCGAGAAGAAGCCCCGCCCGGACUUUGAUGAGAAAGAAUGGAAAGAUGUCACCGUCCUGCUGACCGGGAGCGCGCUGCCGGACCCGGAGAUCGCGCCCAAGUUGCAGUACGUCCAGCUGCAGAGCGCCGGCGCGAACCACAUCUUGAAGCACCCGCUGUUCACGGACACCGAUGUGGCCUUUGCGACGGCUAACGGCGUUCACGGACCUCAGAUUUCUGAAUGGAUCAUCACCACUUUCCUAUCAUUCCAGCAUCAAAUCCCUAAGUAUAUCGACAACUUCCGCCAAGGCAAGUGGCUACGCGGAGACGAUUGGGUGGAAGACGCCGUCGGUCGCACAAUAGGAAUCCUGGGCUACGGCAGCAUCGGCCGGCAAACCGCCCGCGUGGCCACCGCCCUCGGCUUCAAGGUCCACGCCUACACGCUCCACCCGCGCCCGACGCCCGAGUCCAAGCGCGACAACGGCUACACGCCCCCCGGGCUCGGCGACCCGGAGGGCAAGUUCCCGUCAAAGUGGUUUUCGGGCGCCUCCAAAGCCGACCUCCACGCCUUCCUCGGCUCCGGCCUCGACCUGCUGGUCGUCGCGACCCCGCUGACGGACAAGACGAGCCACCUGCUCGCCGCCGAGGAGUUCGAGAUCCUGUCGGCGAAGAAGACCUUCGUGUCCAACAUCGCCCGCGGGCCCGUCGUCAACACGGAGGAUCUCAUCGAGGCCCUCGACAAGGAGCUCAUCCGCGGCGCGGCCCUGGAUGUGACGGACCCGGAGCCGCUUCCCGAGGGACACCCGCUGUGGAAGGCGAAGAACCUGUUGAUCACGCCGCACAUCAGCGGCAUGUCGACGAGUUACGCGGAGCGGAUUUUGGCGAUUUUGGAUUACAACCUGAAGAGGUUGAGCGAGGGCAAGAGGCUUGUGAAUGUGGUGAACAAGAGGGAGGGUUACUAG